CUUCAUAUUACUAAAAAAAAAUUAAAAUAUUGCGGCUAUAGCCACUCCAGGAGAAGCGAAACUUGAAAAGAUAUCUUGCUCAGAUCCAAAACCACAACAAGGAGAAGAGAGCGCCAUGUCUGGUCCCUCGAGCUGCAGCAUUUACAUCGGUAAUUUAGACGAGAGAGUUAGCGACAGGGUUUUGUAUGACAUUCUAAUUCAAGCAGGCCGUGUCGUGGAUUUACACAUUCCUCGAGAUAGAGAAACUGAUAAGCCCAAAGGCUAUGCUUUUGCCGAAUAUGAAACUGAAGAAAUUGCCGAUUAUGCUGUCAAGCUAUUCUCCGGCCUUGUCACUCUCUACAAUCGCACCUUGAAAUUCGCGAUAUCUGGACAGGAUAAACUUGCGCAAAAUAAUCUCAAUGGGGUUGUGCCUGUUCCCAAUUCUUCUAACAGACAAAGGCCAUCUCACCCUGUACUGAUUAAUAAUUUAGAAAUCCCUAAUCAUUCCAUGAGGUUGUCGGCACCUAGCAGGGUUUCAGCUUACCCUGCAAAUGAUUCUCUAGCUCCUCCUGGUGUAACAAACCUUUCUAAUGGAUAUGGUUCAAAUUCCAAUGGCAACAGUAAUGAUAGUGAUCGAAGACUUUUUGGGUCCGCAGUCAAUGCCAUUAGUCGUUCUAGGUCUCGUUGGUAUGAUACAAGUAACCCUAUGCCAUAUUCCUACUGAUUUUUCAAUAGAAGACCUUGUAGGGCGCAAAGUCUUAUCUGUCACACUGGAAAGUCUCUUUGGUUAAUCAGUCAGGUGUAGUUUGUUGUGAAUAUGUAGAAGGUUUGCAGAAAAUGAUUUCUUGCCUGCUGUCUUUUGCCUCUAAUAGUCUGAUUGGAUGAGUGUUUGUUUCUUCAUUUGCUCGCUUUGUUGUUGUUGUUGUUGGGGACAGUUUAUUCAACUAAAGUGGAUAGUAACUUAAACCCCAACAGCUAAGUUCUUCCCCAUUGCUUUAUCUACCUCCUCUUUCUUGGAUGGUGUUGGUCCUUUCAA